AUGUUCGAAAGUCAGAAGCACCACCACCACAACCAUCACCAUUAUUCACUCCAUUACCACCACCGUUAUACGUUACUCCUUGUAAAUGCUGAAGGGAAUAGAGUCAAAAAAUUCAAUAGAUCCUUCACAGGUACCAUUAAAAUCACCUCCAAUAUAUACACUAUCAUUGGAACCGAAGCUUGUUCAUAUUGUUUGUGCACUAAACUUGAUUUAAGCCAAUCUCAUAUAGAGGUAAUUGAAUAUGGAGCGUUCUUAUGGGCUUCACUUACAAGUGUUAUCUUCUCGCCUUAUAUCACUACAUUAAAUGAUAAUGCAUUUGGCCUUUGUCCUCUUACAUCAAUAAAUAUUGUCUCUACUAUUAGAUUUAUGACAGGCUUUUCAUUUAAUCAAUGCCCUUUCCUAGAUACUCUGACUGUUGAUCCGCAAAAUCCAUAUUUUUAUUCUGAAAAUAAUUUUAUUUUUUCGAAAAAUGGAUCAAUAUUAGUUCGAACUCCCAUUAACUUCGAAGAAGAAGAUAUACCUAAUAAAGAAAAUAUCCAAGUUUUAGGCAGAUGCCUCAGUAGCGGCAGUACAUAUAAACAGUUUAUUGGUUGGGAGAAUCUUUCGAGAAUUGAUGGAUACACAUUUCAUGCAAGCCCCAAUCUGAAAUUAGUUGAUAUAUCAAUGACGCAUAUCACUUCGAUCCCAGAUCAUGCAUUUCAAACAUGUCCUAUUUUAACAGAUAUCCGACUUCCUGGAAACUUAACCAGUUUACAAGAUCAUGCAUUUACCUAUAAUAUUCAACUUAGAUCCAUUUUUAUUCCAAUAAAAGUCUCUGAAAUCAAUAAUUUAGCUUUUGUUGAUUUACAUAACUUGAGAUUAACAACAUAUUACGGAGAAACAUCUUUUGAAUCACCUGAUAUAAUUAGCGAUUGUCCUCAAUUAAAAACAGUUAGAGUAAUUUUUUCAUAUCCAUCAGACAAAUUUGGAAACAUCAAUGUAGUAAGAAAUGCAUAUAUGCUUGGAAAUACCGAAAUAUGCCCAUCUAUCAAUCAUAAAUAUUGCUUAUUCAAUAACUUUAAUUCACUUUUCUUAUUUACAGUUUUUAUCUCAAUGUAA